AUGGGAAACGUGUUCGGAAAUUUGUUCAAAGGCCUAUUCGGCAAAAAGGAGAUGCGCAUCCUGAUGGUCGGAUUGGAUGCCGCCGGUAAAACGACGAUUUUGUACAAGCUCAAACUUGGCGAGAUUGUCACCACCAUUCCAACCAUUGGAUUCAAUGUCGAAACUGUUGAAUACAAGAACAUCUCGUUCACCGUUUGGGACGUCGGAGGUCAGGACAAGAUUCGUCCAUUGUGGAGGCAUUAUUUCCAGAAUACUCAAGGACUCAUUUUUGUCGUCGACUCGAACGAUCGCGAGCGUGUUGGUGAAGCGCGCGAGGAGCUCAUGAGAAUGCUCGCCGAGGACGAGCUUCGCGACGCGGUUUUGCUGGUGUUCGCCAACAAGCAGGAUUUGCCGAAUGCGAUGAAUGCUGCUGAGGUUACUGAUAAGCUUGGACUUCAUACACUAAGAAACCGAUCGUGGUACAUCCAGGCUACGUGUGCCACUUCCGGAGACGGACUCUAUGAAGGACUUGACUGGCUUAGCAACCAGCUCAAGAAUAGGUCUUAG